CUACUUCUGCCGACGUCAUUAGUCCGCGCCGUACGAGGAAAACGAAACGUGGGGAAGAAAAGCGAGCGAGGUAAAGAGGAGAGCGAAUUCUCCCCACGUGAAUCGGUGUGAACAUGGCGUCGACUCAAGAACCAGAGGUCCAGUUCGCACAGAGAUUAGCUUCCAACGAGAAGCCCAUUCGGACCAAGGCUAUAAAGAAAUUGAGGAAAUACAUAAAUGUCAGGUCUCGCAACCCAACAGGUGGAUUCACAGGUGAUGAGCUGCUCAAGCUAUGGAAGGGUCUGUUCUACUGCCUGUGGAUGCAGGACAAACCACUGCUCCAGGAGGAGCUGUCAAACCAAAUCUCCACCCUGAUCCACAGCUUCUGCGAUAUUGACGGACAGUUGUUAUACCUGGAGAGCUUCCUGCAAACCUUCAAAAGAGAGUGGACUGGUAUCGACAGGCUCAGGAUGGACAAGUUCUUCCAGCUGGUGCGCUUCAUGUUCAGACAAACCUUUGAGAUGCUGAAGAGGAAAAACUGGGAGAGCUGUGUGAUUGGCAGGUUUGUGGAUCUGCUGACGGCACAGCUCCUGCAGAGCAGUAGCGGGGCCCCCACCGGGCUGCAGUUCCACAUCCUGGACCUUUACAUGACUGAACUGGCAGCUGUGGGUUCAGCAGAGCUCACUGCAGAUCAGAACCUGAUUUUCAUCCAGCCGUUCUGCAAAACAGCAGCCAAGACCAAGGAUCGGUCUCUUUUCAGCGCCAUCUGCAACAGCAUUUUCAGCACUAUUAUUGACCAGGCCCCCUUCGCCAUUGAAGAUUUAAUGAAGGAGGUGAAAGCUGAGGCCUCAGACUCCGACUCGGGACAGGCUUCUGAAGAUGACGGCAAAGAAGACCAACUAAAGGGGAAAAUGAGUAAACCAGUCACGAAGAAAGGGAUAUGGAAGCAGAUUAAUGGCAAUAUAUCAAAUAAAGAAGCGGGUGAUGAGGAUGAUGAAGACGACGACGAGCUUCUUCACUUGGAAGAAUCAGACACCGAGGAGUCAUGCGAUGAAGAUGUCGGACCAGUCCUACAGUUUGACUACGCGGCCCUGGCAGACAAACUGUUUGAGUUAGCCAGUCGGAGCAGCACACCCAGCCAGAACAGACAGAGACUCUACAAAAUCAUCCGAGUACUGCGGGACCUCAGUGAAGGGAUCUUUCCUCAGGAUGAGUAUCCAGAGGAGGUCUCCACGGAUGAGGAUGAUGAAAUGUUUGGCAGCAGGAAGAGGAUGAAGAGACGGGGUCGCAUGGAGGAGGAGGAUGAUGAGGAUGAGGGCGUGCCAUCGGCCAAGAAACGUAAAGGGAAGAAAAAGGAGGAAUCCACGCUCAACAAGCAAAACGAGGAGUUGGUGAAAGAUGACAAGGAACCAGCUGACAUGACUGCAAAUAAUGAAACCAAAAAGAAGAGGAGGAAGAGGAAGAAGAAAAAGAAGGCAGGGCAGGGUGGAAGUGCAGGUGGUGAGGAAAUUGCAGAGAGGUCUGAACAGGCUCAAGCUCAAAUUAAAGAGACUGAAGGUGGUGCGGAGUGUUCACAAACAGAAGGUUUAGGAAAGGAAGCACAGACAAAGCAAAGCUCUGUCUCAUCUGUAGAAGUGGCCGAGGCAGCUGCUCCCGAGGACCAGAGGGCAACUCUGCUUGUCUCUGAAGUAAAGAAACAGCCUACAGUUACAGUCAUUGAAGAAACAAGCCCCCCCACGCUUGCCGACAAGGACCAAUCUCAACAGUUCUCAAAGACUGAGGCUUCUGAGCUCAAACCUUUGGCGGCAGAAGAGCAGCAGACUGGUGUCGGACCGGAGCCAGAGACAUCCUCUAAUGCUGAUGCGGCUGUCUCUGGGAAGAAGAAGAAAAAGAAGAAGGGCCUGAAGGCUAAGUCCCAAACAGGUGAGACUGUGGCCAAAUCGCAGCUCAACGCAGAAGCAGAGAUCAUACCAGUGAGUAGUGAGGAGUCGGCUGAAAAGAAUGCACCAGACAUUGAUGCUACAACCCCAGCCAAGAAGAAAAAGAAGAACCUGAAGGCAGAGAAGAAUCUCACAGAGGUUGAAACACAAGUUUUCCCAUUAAUACAUUGUGAGGAUCCAAGCACCGGACUUGAGAAGCCAUCUGAGUCUACGGCCACAUGCAAUAAAAAGAGUAAGAAAAAGAUCCUCAAGCCUGACGUAGCACCACAGGUUGAGGGAAAUCACACAGACGCCAAAAUCACAUCAGUGCCACUUAAAAAGAAGACAAAGAAAAAAGGCAAGCAGGUGGAUGCAAGCCUCGAAGCUUUACCUGCUGCAGAUGAAAGCGCUGUAACCCAACUGAAGAAGAAAAAGAAAAAGACUCAAAAAGAAUCUGAGACUUCAGCUGCAGCAGUGGAUACUGAGGAACUGCAGUGUGAGGUCAGCAUGACAACGCCAGCAAAAAAGAAGAAGAAGAAGUUGGCUGCAGCCCAAGUGGACGAGAAAGAUCCCGCCCAGUUGCCGGUAGUUGGCAGUGUUGAUGCAGAGCCCCCUUUGGACAAAAUGGUCUCUUCCUCUGGGAAAAAGGUCAAGAAGAAGAGGAAGAUCCCUGUGGUGUUUGAGUACGAGGCCGACGAGCUAGAGGCGGCUGCACAGGAGGCUACAUCUAUCAAAGGCCUCGCAGAAGAAGAAACUGUUGCCAAGAAGUUAAAACCUGGCAGGGAUGUUGAAGAGCAAUCCACACCUCUGUCCACUAAAAAGUCACAAAAGAGGCCGAAGACUACCUCAUCGUCUGACUUCAUCACCUUUCAGAGCAAAACUACAGUCCCAACACCACUCUUUUGCAAAACCAAGGGGCGCGCCAGCACCCCGCUGUCCAGCAAGAAGAAGAGUCAAACUCCCAAAUCAGAAUCCAAGAAGGUGACCUUUGGUCUCAAGAAUAAUAAGACCGCUGAGUUCAAGAAGACCGAUCGCAGCCUUCUGCUGAGUCCAGAUGGACCGUCCCGAGUGCCCUUUGACCCAAAGCAGAAACCCAAGUUUGGGGUCUUAAAGUCUCCGCCCACACCACUUUCUGCCAGAAAGACCCCCAAGGCCAACAGGAAGACGAGCUCCAAUACUCCAAAGAGCACACCUAAAGGACGGCCCACAGCGGCAGACUUCUUCUAACAGCCCAAGCUGACAGACUGUAGAUACACAUGUAAUGCUCUCUGUGAACUCGUGAAUAGACUGAUUUCAAUUACAUCCUCUUUUGGAGAGAUAUAUAUAUAUAUAUUGAAGUAUUUUUAUCGUUCAGAUGAUCAGUGUUGCUUUUUGCCUCUGAGUGGCUCAACGUUUUAAUAAAGUUACUCCUUUUUCCAAUGU